UUGAUGCUUUGUCAGAUGCCGAAUGUGCCGGGCGAAGAGCGAGAGAGGGGGAGCGGGUGCCUUGCGUCAUGUGGGAUUUGGGCGUGAGAAUGGCGUGGGAUCUGCGUGAGAUGGGUAGGUGAAAUGCGGGUCUGAUUGAGACUUUCCUCAAUCAAUUGCUUCAGAUCGGCCAGGCGAACGGCAAAAGAGGAUGUUUCCAAACCGGUAUCGAGAGCGCUGUGUUUCCACCUCUCAAUCAUGGACGUUGGUCCCUUAUCCUGCAUCGGGAGCAACGAGGGGCUGCAGGAACUUUGGGCGUUGUGCCACGUUGAAGACUCAAGACUUGUCGAAGAUGACUGGUCGCUCACCUUACCUUGACACUGCGUGUGUGUAUGGUGCACAUACACACACAACGUCUUGCAACCCAGAGGAUCAUGCCCUCAAGCAUUUUCACCACCUGAGCAGAGCUUACUUACUCACUCCGCUGAUAUAUGGGAUCAUUUGGCCCUCAUGCUGGGGACGUAAUCCACCCCAUCUCAGAUGUGACCAGAUCAUGACUGGCGUUUCGCUAUUACCCGACCAUCCCACGCCUGGAGGAGACACUCUACCCCCGCCAAGCGCACUCGGGAGAACGCGGACCAUGAUUCCACACGGAAGCGAGGAACUUCUACGAUAGCUUCACGCUUCGUACCUCGACCUUAACACGAGGCUGAAAGGUACUAUUCCCGC